AUGUAGUAUUUGACCAAAUCGAGAAUGUCAAAUACACAAUGUGAUGUAUCUUCUUUAAGCAGCCAGCAUGAAACCUGUGUGACAAUAUGCAUUGUCACGUAACAUAUAACUGAGCAUACAGUAGGGAUGGAACGGUUUAUGAAAACACUCCGAACCGUUCGGUUCGACUGUCUCGGUUCAAUUCGCGUGUGUUCCGUUCGGUUCAUGCACUGCUCCUUUUUCUCAUAGGCGAAGCGUGUACACUCCAGAGCAGAAGGUGGCGGUACUGCGCCUAAAGUCAACCGCCAGUAGUAAACAAGAAGAAGUAGCAAAGCAACCUAGGCGGCAGCAGAUGAAAAUUAGUUGUGGAGAGUUGUGUGGGGAUGGCGAGUGGGAAAGGACAGGAGCUGGAAGACGCGCCAGCAGCACAUUAUAGGUCUGCUGUAUGGGAGCAUUUUGCUUUCAGAGUGACCUACGAUGACGGCGGCAAGAAAAUUGUCGACAAAAGUGCCACAGUUUGCAAACAUUGUGCAACGCGUGUUGUGUAUGUUAAUAGCAACACAAGCAACAUGUCGGCUCACCUGCGGAGACAUCAUCCCAGUGAGAAAAUUGGCAGUGCAAGGGGGAAAGGGGCAGAGGCGAAAGGACAACUUCUACUCCCCGCAGCUUUUAAACAGGCAUACGGUGACGAGUCAGACAGGGCGAAAUGCAUAACUAAAGGAGUGGCAUAUUUCAUCGCCAAAGAUAUGCAGCCUUAUUCCGUGGUGGAGGGUGCGGGAUUCCGUCACAUGAUUAAAGCACUGGAGCCACGAUAUAAAAUCCCCUCCCGCAAACACUUCAGCAACACGGUAAUACCCGCACUUUAUGAAGAGACCCGACAAGAAAUUGUUAAAGAGUUGUCUGACACAGCAUCAGUAGCGCUAACUAGUGAUGGAUGGACCUCCAGGGCUACUGAAAGUUUCCUGACUGUGACUGUCCAUUACAUUACCUCAGAAUGGGAGAUGAAAAGCUCUGUUUUACAGACGCGCCCCCUUUAUGAGAGCCAUACUAGCGAGCAUCUCUCUGAAGCACUGACAGAAGCAGUGACAGAAUGGAAGUUGCAGAGGGGCAGCAGCACAAUCCCUGUUACUACAGACAAUGCAAAAAAUAUGGUGAAUGCAGUCAAUGCAACAGCUGGACUGGGGCCACAAAUUGGCUGCUUUGCACAUACUGUUAAUCUUGCAGCCAAGAAUGCAGUCUCAAUAAAUCAGGUAUCCCGGCUCCUGGGGAAGAUGAGGAAAGUGGUGGCAUUUUUCCAUCGGAGCACAACAGCCACCCACGCCUUAAAAACUAAACAGGAGAUGCUGCAAUUGCCAGUUCACAAACUAAUUCAUGAUGUCCCAACUCGUUGGAACACAACAUAUGACAUGCUGGAGCGUUAUUUGGAGCAGCAAGCUUCCAUCUAUUCUGCUCUGAUGGACAAAGAUGUUAGGAAAAGUGUCAAAGAUAUUGCUGUUUUGACUGACAGUGAGGUAAAACUGGCAGAGGACCUAACCAAGAUUCUCAAACCUCUGAAGAAUGUAACAACACUCAUGAGCACAGAAACAUCCCCUUCAGUGUCCAUGAUCAUCCCUCUGCAGAUGAUGAUACUGAAAUCCAUGACACCCAGUGAAGAGGACAGCGCCACCAUCAAAGAUGCUAAGGCAGCCAUCACUAAAAACCUGAAAGACAGAUACGGGGACCCUGAUCUUCAGGACUAUCUGCACAGAAGCACAGCCCUGGAUCCAAGAUUUAAGUCCCUGCCCUACUUGGAAGAAGACUCUAUUCAGAAAAUCUACAGUGUUCUCACCAGAGAGAUCAUGGAAAUUGAAGAGCAGGUUCAACCCAGAGAAGCCCAGGUGGCCAGUUCAUCCUCAGCUGGAGAGCCAGAGGCAUCAAAAGAAUCUCCUCCUCAGAAAAAAUCUGUCAUGGCAGAGCUUUUUGGAGAGCUCUUUACAUCAGAGAAGGGAACCACCAAGACUUUGUCCCACUGAGGAGGAGGUCAUGGCAUACAGGCUCACAGGAUGCAUUCCUGUGGAUGAAAAUCCACUUGCAUGGUGGAGAAGCAACGAGCACAAGUACCCUCAUAUUGCUAAAUUGGCUCGACGUUACCUUGCAGUCCCAGGUACAUCUGUACCAAGUGAGAGAGUUUUCUCUACAGCAGGAGACAUUGUCACUGCAAGUAGAUCUCGUCUUUUGGCAGAGAAUGUGGACAAACUGAUCUUCUUGCAGAAGAACAUGAGAAUACAAUGAGUAGAGCCUUGUUGUUUAAGCAGUGCAGUAUGUGUUAGUUUGGUUUAUGCUAUAUUUUAUAUUGAUGAUUAUUUACUGGAUUAUUUAUUUUGUUAUUUGAGAUAACACAGUGGCACUUUAAGUUUGUAAGAAAUCCAGCCUUAUUUUUCUUUGAUUGUUUUUCAAACACUGCACUUUCAGUUCAAGAGAAAGUUUUGAGUUUUGAGUUCUGUUUACCAAAUAAAUGAAGCACAUGU